CUGUAAUUUUAAAGUAAGGAAAGUGCAUUUUUAAUACUCUACAUGUUAAAACGCGUACACGGAAACCACUUGCAGUUCGUUUUCAAGAUUGUCUGCUAUCAGAUUUAAGAAUUAUGUUGCACUGAAAUAUACCAAGAAAGUAGUCGCUUGGUCUCUCUACUUUUUGUAGGUCCGGGUAUUACUAUUCCAUACACACCAAAAAUUUACAAAUUUUAGUGCGUACAGCAGUACACUGACGGCAAUAAACAUGGUUCCUGCAGCAGGACUGCAUUUCAUUUUAUUUUUUGGCUCCGUGAGGGACCCCCGCAACGCUGACCGGGUUGCCCCUUAUGUGAUAAAAGCGUUCGAGGACAGGAAUGUCACCGUUACCGUUUUCGAUGCGAAAGAAAUGCAUUUCGAUUCUGUUAUCAAACCGAUACAGUAUUAUGGAAGAAACGAAACCAAACCAGCUGAAUUAAUGAAGUUUAAUACGGAAAUUAAAAAAGCGGAUGGCUUUAUUGUGAUGACCGCCGAAUACCAUGGACAAAUCGCACCAGGUUUAUUGAAUCUGAUGAACCAGUUUCCCCCAAACUCAUACGUAUUCCGGCCAAGCGCAAUUGUUGCAUAUUCAAAAGGACGUUUUGGAGGUAUACGAGCAGCGAUGCAGCUUCGAACAUACUUGGCCGAUAUCGGAACUCUUCAAAUGCCUGCAAUUCUGUCGAUUCCUUUUGUUGAACAGGCCUUCACAGUUGAUGCAAAAACGGAAAAUGCGGAUGUAAACAAAUCUAUGAAUUUGUUAGCGGAUCAGUUGAUUUGGUAUGCGGAAGCCAUUAAAUUACAACGCGAAGAAUCGGGAUAUCGCUGUGAGGACUGUUAUGAUGACAACAACUUGGCUUCCAAAGGGCUACCGUACAAAAACAAGAAAUGGUCAAAAUAGCUGAAAAAUCUUCUGGUUUUUUAAAAUGAUAUGUCUAGUUGGCCGUACAGUGGCGUACGCAGAUACCUACAGUCUGUACAACAUGACAUUGUACGAGUAUAAAAUGACAUCCUUGCGCCGUUUUGGAAGAAAAUAGUAAUUUCGGUGUGCAUGAUGCGCGACAAACUUUAUUUCGGAUGUGCUUGUAAUUUUAGUGCCAUUUUUCCAACCAUUUGCGUUGAUGAUAAGCAAUAAAAAAUAAUGGAA